UUUACGGCAGUAACGGGUUGCGAGGUUGUGGUCCUCAAACAUGUCCGCUGUCUCCCGGGCUGAUGAGUCAGAUGUAACCCGGGAGAGCGCUCUCCCUGCCGCCUGAAGCUGAACCUUCAUCUGUUUUUAUCGAAGAGAACCAACCGGAGUGAGAAAACACAGAAAACCCGCGAUUUUUUUUUCUUAUUUCAGCCAAAGAUGGCGGAGUUCUCCCCUGUCCUGCCGAUCCGGGAUCACGGAGGCGGAGGGCUGUUCGCCCAGCCCAUCUUCCCUCGGUCCAGGUCCGGUUCCGAGUCCGAAAGCGAACUUUCUCAGAGCCUGGCCCGGACUAAAAUUCGGUCGUACGGCAGCACCGCCAGCGUGUCGGUGUCUCUGGGGGAGAAGUUCGUCGAGCAUCGUGUUUCAGACGGAGACACCCUGCAGGGGAUCGCCCUGAAGUACGGAGUCACGAUGGAGCAGAUCAAACGAGCCAACAAACUUUUCAGCAACGACUGCAUCUUCCUGAAGAACAGCCUGAACAUCCCCGUGGUGUCGCAAAAACGCUUCGUUUUUAACGGACUGUCUCUGGAGUCUCCCGACGGGGAUGGGGACGCAGCGUGCCAGGAGUCCACGGAUACGCCCCAUAUCAUGAUGAAUGACAUGGAGGGACCCUCGCAGCCUUUUUCCACUCCCCCCGAGGACUGCAACCCCCCACAGCCUCAGCCUGAGGAGCUUUCAGCCAAAGACUUCCUUCACAGACUGGACUUACAGAUUAAACAGUCGAAACAAGCUGCACGUCGGCUGAAAGAAGAGGAAGUAAGGAGCAGCCAGCAGGACUCCACGGCCCCUGAAACGUCGUACCAGGAGCUUUAAAGCAGGCGUCUACCUGAAGGUCCGACGUGGAAUCACCCAAACACAAGCUGUUUCUGUCUCCCCUCCUCCGUGUCCCUCGUGUUGAACAAAGGUCACGUUUGCUUUUAUUUAUUGACUUCAAGUUGCUCUAAUGGGUUUGAAUCAUUCCGUUUUACUGUCCGACUCUG